AUGCACUUAACAGAGUGCUCAAAGGCUAAAAAAAAAAAACAAAAAACAAAAAAAGAGAAAAAGCGAGGAGCCUCCGCUCCAUUGUAAGUCUGGGUUCUAAUCUCAUAAUCUCAUAUCCAGGCCUCUCACAUCCAGGUAUAUUUGAUAUUCAAGAUGGCGGCCAAAACACCUCUGCGAAUAUAUCGAUUAUUUUUCUUAAAAGUUUGGAUGUGGCUUCUUUCACACUGUUAUUUUGUGGGACCCCAACAAGUUCCCCUUCCAGACACUUUCAUAAAUCCAUCAUUUCAAGUUGCUCAUUAUCUAUGGCAAGGAAAAACAACUCAAGUAAUUAAAGAACUUGACAAAGUACACAAGCCAUCAUACAUUUUGGCAACACCACAACACACUUUGUAUAUAUCAAGCUUCUUACUUGACCAGGUUUUGUAUGUGGCAGACACUAGACAGAUAGGAAGCCCUGCUGUCACUUUUACUCAAGGCCAUGGGCUUGAUGGUCCAUGGGGAAUGGUUGCUGAUGAUGAGUACUUGUAUGUUGCAAGUUUCACAACAGAUCAAAUACACAAGUAUGAUUUAACUACCAGAAGGUUUGUAGGUGCCUUUGGUAAUGAGAGUUACCUUGACUGUCCAGAGGGGAUGGCCAUAGGUCCCAACAACACUAUUUAUGUUGCAAGCUUUCUCAAUGAUAAAGUUGUUAAAUUCUCUAUACCUGAUGGAAAAUUCUUGGGUGUGGUAGCUGAUAAAAGUCAUGGUCUUAAGGGGCCUGAAGAUGUUGCAUUCUUAAAGGAUGGCACUCUCCUCAUCUGCAGUCAUUACACCGACAAUGUGUUAAAACUCAAUUCUUCCUCAGGUGAACAGCUUGGUGUGUUUGCCACAGUGGAAAAACCAGUUGGUUUGACUGUUGGAUCUGACGGCAAUGUCUACGUGACGAGCUAUGUUUCAAACAGCAUCCUUCGAUUUGAUGGACAAACAGGUACUAACUAUCUUGUGUUGUAUCACCGUUGCCCUUCCGUUGAAUCGAAUUGUUUCGUUUUGAACAGUUUUGCAGAUCUUCGUACACUGUAUGCAGCCAGUUAUGACAGCGAUAGAGUGGUGUUAUAUAACAGUACUACGGGACUUACUUAUACAUUGCCUGGUAAACGCAACGAGCAUCCGGGAGACGGUUCUUUUAGGAAUGCAACAGUCGACAGAUAACGUCGAGUCAGAGUCAACCAUUGUCAUCUACCAGAAGCUACUAAUGUAACGCUUCUAUUAACAAGGAAAUUGGAAUUUAAUGUUUUCUGACAAGUCAUUAGCUGGGAUGCAAACAACCCACUAAGAGUAGAAUUGUUUUCCUUCGAGUGUAUUUUUAAUCUUUAGAAAUCGUUCUAUAUCCUAACUAUAGUUUUAGAAAAUGGUACCUUAUUGUAUUUAUUAAUAGGGAGAAAAGUUUUAGAUGGUAUUGCACGGGAAAACUGUAAAAAAACGAUCAUUACUGAAGUUAGGUCCUUGCCCAACUCUCUUAAGCGUUUCCGUUAGCUGGGUGUUAUCCCGUUCAUAUCUUAACAUCAGUAUCCAUAUUCUCCAUAAUAUUUUCUAUACCUUUCCUUUGGUACUAACAAGGAGAAUUCGUUCAACAAUCAAAGCUUGUUAGGUUGGAGAUCAUUUUGUGUAUUCUCAUUAACUUAAUGAAUGAGUCAGUGGUGUUACUGCAACAAGAAGGCUGGUCGCUCUUAGGGUUUCAGGGGCUAAUGCCGACCACAACUAGUUUUGUCUCUGUGCUUUCAAAACUGGGCCUCUAUUCCCUGCUGCCGCACAAUCGCUGCAAAGUUUUUCCACAAAUUGAGCAGUCUGAAUUCAAGGUGUCACUUGAUUUGGAUGCGAAAUAUUAUUUUAAGCAUACUUCACACACAUUUUGAGAAUGUCCUUUUUAUUUAUUAUUUUAAUUCGAAAAUAAAUAAGUCUUAGGUACUCCAUCAUGACUUAGAGAGGUGCUUUAUUUAAUCGCAGUUUUGAACUGCUCCAUAAAAUAUUCCCCGAGCUCCCAUUACUUUUCUUCAAAUUACCCACGGUCGAUUUCAGGCCGGUUUAGAGUGCUUACUUUCUUCUAGAUUUUUGAUGCGGGGAAAGGAAUGUGCACAUAAAAGGACACAAGUAGAGCAAUUUUCAAUGGAAUUUCGAACGUAAUCCAAGAUUGCAUUGGUUUUGAUUUAUUCUGUUUUUGUGAUUGGUCCAAAAACACUCGCGCCACUCUCAACCAAUCGAAUAUCACGUUUUCAUCACCCACGUUUUCGCGCGCUUUGGACGGUUUGCUUACUUUCCCCUUGAGUUCUCAUUGGCUCUUAAGGGUAUUUACCUGUCUUCUGAUUGGUCUUCGUGAUAACUUUGGGUUUUUUUUUUCACGAAACUCAGUCGAAAGGUGCUCUAAAAAUGGAAUCACGUGCUUUGGUACCUUGAGGUUCACAGUACGAGGAUUUUUUUAGCGUUAUUUACGAUUGCAAGUGGGAGCUGACUGUCGAUUAUUCGGUCUAAGCCGAUUGUAAGAAGCUAGCGGCUAAAUGAAGGAAUCAACGAGUAAAUAAAUAAACUAACAA